AUGGGAGAUUUCAACUCUAUGUUAUUUCCUCAUGAUGGGUUUGGAGGGUCUUCACGACGUAAUAUUGAUAUGUCUGAUUUUUUUGCGUGUGUGGAGGAUGUCGAAAUUUUUGACAUGCAAUAUACUGGUGUUCAUUUUUCUUGGAAUCAAAAGCCGAAUUCUGUAGGGGGAAUCAUGCGAAAACUUGACAGGGCUAUGGCUAAUGCUGAAUUCACUACUAAAUUCCAUGAUGCUACUGUUCAUUUCCAUCCUGCUGGACUUUCGGAUCAUUCACCGGUGGUUCUUUCUUUUAAAGGUGGUUUACGGAAAACGAGGUGUGGGUUUAAAUUUGAUAAUUUUAUGGCGGAGCACCCGGAUUUCCUGAAGAUUGUUAAGGAGGAAUGGUCUACUUAUGUUGAGGGGACUUUUAUGUUUAAGGUAACUUCCCAUUUAAAGGCUCUAAAGGUCCCGCUUCGUAGGCUUCGUAAUACUUUUGGUAAUCUUGGCAAGAGGGUUUCUUUUCUAAAAAUUGAGUUAGACCGUGUUCAACUGGAUUUUGAUAAAAAUCCCUGUAAUGCUGAAUUGGGGUUGGAACUUGGGCAUCUUUGUCUUGCUUACCAGAGUGCUUGUUGGGAUGCGGAGUGUGCUGCUAAGCAACGGGCGAAAGUUAAGUGGUUAAAUUAG